AUGGAGUCCGUCGACGGGCCGAGGAAGGCCUGCCAUAACUGCCGCCGCCAGCGCCUUCGAUGCGACCGAGCGCGCCCGCGUUGCCAGAAAUGCGUCGCUUCCGGCAAGGAGUGUCUCGGCUACGGGAAGCUGUUCACCUGGACCGGUGCCGUCGCGAGCCGUGGCAAGCUCGCCGGCCGCACCUCGAGUGCGCCCCUGGCAAGCCCGUCCAAGGCCACCGCCCGUCGUGAUCCCCGAUCUGCAUUUGUGUCUUCUCGCCCACAAUCAGGUGCGCAGCCAGGCCAUGGGAAACUCAAGUACCGCACCCCGGAUCCGAACCCGGACCUGAACCCAGACGCCGUCGAGCUCGUCGUCCGGCCACCUUCCAAUACCGCCUGGAACGGCUUCAACCGCCUCGGCAUUGUUCUAGUCGACCCCCUCUUUCAAGACCUAAAUCCAUUUUAUCGUCAUUACUUGUCAUACUUUACUCAAAGGUUGUGCAAGGACCUUGUAUCGUACGACGCGCCGGACCGCAACCCCUUCCGCGGCCUGCUGCCAUUGACGAGAGACCACCCUCUGCUUCGACACAUCGUCGUCGCCGCAUCCGCAGCUCACAUGUCCAACCUAGUAAAAGCACCGCUCCAGUAUGGCGGGAAGUCCCAACCCCAUCUCCUCCUCCCUGCCGGAGCCGAGGAAGCCUCCCAGCGAGCAGCGCAGGAUGCGCUUGUUGCCAAACACAAGGCCCUCUCACUCAUGCGCCAUGCGCUGCAGCAGGUGGACGCCACAGGCGGCGACAUCAUCCUUGCUGCUGCCCUCUUCUUCAUCAAUAUCGAGUUGAUCGAGUCGGGAAAACAUGGCUGGAAAGCUCACCUUGAAGGUGCUGGGAAGAUCAUGUCGCUGCUCCAGCCUGCUGUGGCAGGAAAUGAGGCACUGAGAGACUACAUUUCGUCCGACUGUUUCAUAUAUUUCAUUCUGGCUUCCGCCUUCAUGCCUGCCGCCGCCUUCGACGCCGGCUCGUACUUUCAGUCUUCACGUAUAUCUCAAAUCCUCGAAAAGGCAGCCGCCAACAGCUACCUCUGCUGCCCGCCCGAGAUCCUGGCCAUUCUUCAUGCCGCCUCCCAGCUCUCCAACAAGAACAACGAUAACGAUUCAUCCGAUGACAUUUCCACCACCGCUCUGUCUCUCAUCCAGAAGGCUCAAUCGUUUGACAUUGGCAUCUGGGCCAAUGACGUCCGUCAAGUAUCCUACUUGCAGCAUGUGUCGGUCCAAAGCCGCAUCCACACCGGAUCUGCACACCGAAUAGCUGCCUGCCUCUACAUUCUCCAGGCGAUUCCCAACUUGAGGGCCAUUCCGGGUCACGAUGACCUUGCCAAGACGUUGAGCGACGAUUUAUUUCGACACCUGUCCAGUGUUCCCGAGGAAGAUGUCAACUUCAAAGCGACCGCGUGGCCGACAUUUAUUGCUGGAGCCGAAGCUAGCACGCUCGAUAGACGAGCAUGGGUCAUGGAUAGGUUGCAAAAACUCGUCGUUUCCUGCCCUUGGGGGUUCCUCUACACUGCCAUGGACACCCUGCAGAUCAUCUGGCAUCUGGAUUCCCAAUCUGAUGGUGCCAGAAGCUGGGUUCAGACGCUCAAGGACCCUAAUCUUAACUUUUUGAUUGUCUGA